CAGACUUUGCCCCUCAAGGGGGAGGAGCCCCCGUGGCCCCCCCAAACCAUUCAGGCUCCGCCGACACCACUGCAGCACCUGCAGCCCCUGCCAAGGCGGUGCCAUGUGGCCGUGGCUGGUGCUGGUGCCGCUGGCGUGGGCGCUGGCGUGGCUGCUGCGGGACGGGCUGGCGGUGCCGUCGGUGGCGGACAAGCACGUGUUCAUCACGGGCUGCGACAGCGGCUUCGGGCAGGCGCUGGCGCGGCGGUUGGCGCAGCGCGGGUACCGCGUGCUCGCCGCGUGCCUCACGCCCGGCGGCGCCGACGCCCUCGCGCGCUCCUGUCCCGCCCUGCGCACCACCGUCCUCGACGUCACCCGCAGCGACAGCGUCCGGCGCGCAGCCCAGUGGGUGCGGGGACAGGUGGGGGACAGAGGUCUCUUCGGGCUGGUGAACAACGCGGGGGUGGCGAACCCCAUCGGCCCCACCGAGUGGAUGGUGGUGGACGACUACCGGCGCGUGUUGGCCGUCAACGCGUUGGGCGCCAUCGAGGUGACGCUGGAGCUGCUGCCGCUGCUCAAACGGGCGCGCGGGCGCGUGGUCAACACCUCCAGCGUCCUCGGGCGCCUCUCGGCCAACGGCGGAGGUUACUGCAUCUCCAAGUACUGCAUCGAGGCCUUCUCGGACAGUCUACGGCGCGACAUGUACCACUUUGGGGUGAAGGUGAGCAUCGUGGAGCCCGGCUUCUUCAAGACGGCCGUGACCAACCUGGAGAGCAUCGAAGCGUCGCUGCGGCAGCUCUGGGACCGCCUGGCGCCCGAGACGCGGCUCAGCUACGGCGAGGAGUUCUUCUACAAGUACCUCAAGGUGCAGCGCCUCAUCAUGAACGUCCUGUGCGACGCCGACCUCAGCAAAGUGACGCGGUGCAUGGAGCACGCGCUGAGCGCCCGUCACCCGCGCACGCGCUACAGCGCCGGCUGGGACGCCAAACUGCUCUGGUUACCCGCGUCCUACCUGCCCGCCUUCAUCGUCGACUUUGCCCUGGCCACCAUCCUGCCCAAGCCGGCCCACCGCGUCCGCUAGCCCUCGGUUGUGGCCACCAAAGCCCUCCCCGGGGCUACCGACCCCUUCCUCAGCGCUGCAAAUAAAUCACCCG